AUGUUUAGUUACUUAGAAGACCUAAUCACAAAGGCUAGAUAUGGUAAUCCUAGAAUUCGAGCUCAGAUUCCUAUGGGAAGACUGAUCACAAACAUUCUCAUUGAAAGUCUGCUGGUAGAAGCAUUAAAUCUUGCUCAAAAGAUGGAAGUUAUGAUUGGUCGUCCUCUAGAUGGUAAGGAUUUAUUGGAUAUGGAGAUAAUUUCAGAAGAUACCAUUCUUCCAAAAGAUUUGGAUGAAGAAUCUAUCUCUAACAGAAGAAUAGUUGCAUCAGACAAGAGGAAAUGGAUGUUUUUCAAGAAAAUGGUUAAAGAUUAUUUUUCUGGGCAUGCAAAGAAGAAAUGGAAGCACAAGUCUAACUCAAAAGAUUCUAAUACAGGUACAGAGUUUCUUAACUAUAUGAAACCUACAAAUCCUCUAAUCAACCUUGACCAUCUUGAACUGGUUCUUGAUUCUAAAAUAGAAAUCACUGCAGUUCCAGAUAGAGAUCCCAAUCUUUACUCCACCCCCUCUAAUCCUCUCCUUCUUCGAACGAACAUACUUCCACCACCCUCUCAUGAAUUAUUACUAAAUUUUGAAUAUGAGAUUGUGGAUCAUUUGCGGUCCUUGAUGGACACAUAUUUUGACGGGAUGAGUCCUAAAGAAACGAGUAGAAUUUGGAAUGAAUACACGAACUGGGUGAUCACCAAUACUUCUGAAGCUUAG